AUGUGUAGUUAUUCUACGUCGCCAAACGCGUUGCGGUUCGCGUGCGCUUCUCAUCGCAACUCGUCUGAUCUACUCGCUAACAAAAUACGAGAAAAGAAGAACGAAGAUCGCCAUGAAGAAGGCGAAGGCGAUAUGCUUCGAUCUGGAUUAGAAGAAGCAGGCGAACUGGAAUUUGCGCAAACGAUUAAUGCCGGCGAUAACAACGAGCAGAAAGUGAGCGUAUGCGACCACUCGACUUCCGAGCUGGACUUGAGUCAGAGUUAUUUGAAAACUCAAAAUUUUAUAAAUUCCGAUGAUCCGUUCGAGAACGGCGACCACAAAGAUGGCCAUAUACGUUGGAGUAAAUGGAAGAAGGUCAUGAUGGAGAAGAACCAAGAGGAGGUCGACUCCAUACAAAAAUUGAUUAUUUCAUAA